CAGGCUUGUCAAGCAACAAAUACACACUCUCAAUUCACUCACAUGCUGUUACCCAGUGAGCCCCUCCCACCCGGCACUCAGCCCCAGCACAGACAGAAACUGGGGUGUGAGGGGUCAGAGGACCCAGAGAUGGGGCUGCUGUGUGGAGGCAGCUGCACGAGAGGGACCACAGACCAGGCCGAGAGAUGCAGCUCUGUCACAGAGACUACGGAGAAGACUGCAGCUGCAGGCGGCCAGAGUGAGCUGGAGAAGCUGCGAGCGUUACUUUGUGCAGAACGCAGCCGUAACCAGCAGAUGACAGAGAUGAUCUCCAGUCUGAAGCAGGACAAAGAGCUGCUACAGCACGAACUCACUAAGAAAGCCGAACUCAUCUGUGACUUCCUGCAGGACAAGCUGCGGCCAGAGAAGAGGUGGCCUCGUUGUUCUACUCAGAUGGACCCGGGUAGUUCACACAUGACCUCUUCUGACGACGUGGCAGGGUUUGAUUCGCCAACACUGUUUGACUCAUUCGAGGAAAUGGAGCUUCACCCACUGGAGCACCACCGGGCCCUGAAGAGCAAAAGGAGCCGGGAAGGAGAGAACACCAGAGUUAGGAUGAAAAAUGUGGUGGGUGUGAUAGCCCGCUACAUGGCCGCCCUCCAGGAGUUUCGGCGCAGCGUCUCCAUGAAGGUGGCCUUUGACCGGGUUGGAGUAGACCGCAACACAAUCUCCCGUACGGCGGCCAUAGCCGAGCUCAGCCUGGCCGCUCCAGAGGUGUUCCACGCUUUGGCACCGUGGGACGAGAAAGAGGAGACGCUGGCACAUUACGCUCACCGCUGUCGCCAGGCGAUGGAUGACACCAUUAAGGCCAAGAUCAAAAUGAUGAAGGCAAAGGGAGAACUGCUGCCAAUAGUGUCAAAAUGAUGAACAGUUACAGAUAUUGUACGGACUGAAUCGGAGGCCUACAGUGCUCAGCUCUUGUGCAAAUGAAAAGAAAAUCCAACACAUACAUAAAACAUGUUUUACAGUCUCAUGUACUUCUGAUCAUAUCAUGUGGCCACAUCUUUGCUGCUGUGAGUGUAGAAGCACUGUAGCUCUUUCUUCCUCCU